AUGUUCGCCCUGAAGCUGGUACUAGCUGCAGUGCUGGUCGUCGCAAGCGCCAGACAUGUGCCACAGGAGCACCACGAACAAGGAUACCUCCUCUGGUUCGACGAAGAAGGACAACCUAUAUUCGAGCAUGAAGACUUGCUCCCAGAGCCGGAGGUGUCCUACCAGCCAGAACACCUGGCAAGAACUCGCAGACAGGCGCAGGGCAGCGUCACCCUUAACUCCGAUGGCGGCAUGGGCCUGGGUGCUAAGAUCCCCCUUGCACACAACGACAAGAAUGUGGUAAGCGCUAUCGGCUCCAUGGACUUUAACAACAAGAUGCAGCCUGCUUCCAAAGGCUUCGGUUUGGCUCUAGACAAUGUCAAUGGGCACGGACUGACCGUGAUGAAGGAAAAUAUUCCCGGGUUUGGAGACAGGCUGUCGGGUGCUGGCAAGCUGAACGUGUUCCACAACGACAACCACAACGUGGCCGUGACCGGUUCUCUCACCAGAAACAUGCCCAGCAUCCCGAGCGUGCCCAACUUCAACACUGUCGGCGGGGGCGUCGACUACAUGUACAAGAACAAGUCCGACCACCACCGUGGACUUCAGCGGCGGUUUCAAGAAGUUUGAAACUUCCUUCAUGAACAGCGGCUGGAAGCCCAACUUCGCCUUUACUUUGGGCAGGUCUUUCUAA